AUGGAGCUCACGGCCUACCGCAGCUUGAAAACCUCUUUCGACUCUGGUGUCCUUGUAGUCACCUUCCAUAAUCCAGACUCUCCCGAGUACAAUUUCUGGGGCCGAGCCACUCAGGAAGAGCUCAAAGACCUUGUCAAGAAUCUCGAUGCUGAUGACGAAACCAAAGUCGUCAUUUUCAAGAGCGACGCUCCAAAGUUCUUUGUCGCCCAUCUCGAUGUCACGAUCCUCGACGGGUCUGAUCCCAUCUUCAUAGAGGAAUUUGCAGCCCUCCUGCACAGCAUCACGACCCUUCGCCAGGUGACAAUUGGUGCCGUAGAAGGCAGGGCACGAGGGGCAGGGUCCGAGUUUCUGGCGUCAUUGGACAUGCGAUUCGCAACCAGGUCUCCGGACACCCUCAUUGCGCACCAGGAAAUCUGCAGUGGUCUGAUCCCAGGCGGUGGUGCAAGCCAGUUUCUCACCCACCUGGUCGGUAGAGCACGCGCUUUGGAGUAUAUCUUGACUGGCAAGGACAUCAAUGCAGCAGAUGCCGAAAGAAUUGGUUGGAUCAACAAGUCGUUCGUAAAUUCGGAAGAGAUGUACGCCUACAUCUCCCAACAGACUUCUCGGCUCCGCCUGUUCCCCCUGACUGCCUUGCACGAGAUCAAGAAGGCCGUCAACCGCCAUUCGGUCCCGAGCUGCGAGGAUAUCGUCUCCGAGGGCACUGCGUUUCGUAGGCAGUACAAGGACCCCCAAACGCAGGCGGUAUUGACCAAGACUUGGGAAGUACUGGCCUCAAUUCCGCAAAUGGAGGCAGAGCUGGACCUACCCAGCCUUGCCCCUCAGUUUUAUGAGUAA